CCGCUGGUGGAGAGGAUAGAGGGUAGCACCGUCAGUCUCAGGUCUCCGGAUUGUGAACCCCGUGAUGUGACAGCAGUGAUGUCCACAAAUAUGUAGCCAAAGUCUCUCCAACGCUACUGAAAGCUCAUUUGUUUAGACGGGGGGAGAGCGGUUGCCUGAGCUUGGGUCUGGAUACAAAUUGUUUUGACAGACUUUCAUGACCGACCUUGACCGCUCGCGUUCAACCAUGGACACAGGGAACUGCCUGGAGGACCUCUCCCUACCAGAGACUGGCCAAUGUAGCCCUGCCUCCCCUACCACUAACCCCACCUCCUCUACAGCUCUGCUCCUGACCCCGCCCCUCAGCCCGCCCUUGGACUUGAUUGACACAGGAAAGGGACUGAAGGUGCAGACGGCCACACCCCACCUGGUGAGCCUGGGGAGUGGCCGUCUGAGCGUGGCCGUUACUGUGCUGCCCCUCAACGAAGGAAUCAUCCGGAUUGGUCGAGAGGAUGCGUCAAUUCCCCAGGACAUCACCAUCGAAGGCCCUGGCAUUGAAGCGGAGCACUGCCAAAUCGAAAACCGGGAUGGCAUCAUCACCCUGGACCCCUGCGGCAACUUGUGUGCCCUUGAUGGAGUACCAGUUAUUGAGCCCACUCAGCUAACACAAGGGUACGCUCUAUGUCUGGGGAAUUCCUAUUUUUUCCGCUUUAACCACCCAGAGGAGGCCAGCCGAAUGAAGAGCAUGCUACCCCAGAAGAGCCCCGUGUCCUCGUUGGGCUACAGCUCAGACUGUCUGAAGUUUGGCAUGGACUACAGCCAUGGAGUGGGCAGGGCUAAGGGCUGGACAGGGCGAUCAGAGGAGGAGCUACAGGUCCUGAUGGACUCGCUGCAGUACAAGAAAGUACUGGCGGAGAGCAGCCAUCGGGUCAAUGGAGACUGUAGCCCCUCCUAUUUUAGUCUAACAAAGUCCCCACCCACCAGCCCAACUCAGGGCUCGCCCCUGACAACAGGCCUCCACCAGGAGCAGGGCUGGAAGCAGCGUGAGUGUUCGUCUUCUGCUUUCGGUCAGUUAGCACCAGAGCCCCACCAGAGCCAGGAGCGAGACCCACCCCACACCUACUCCAGUACACGGAAUCUGUCCCAGGACAACCUGUUUGCCCCUCCUGCAGUGGAAAGGGAAAGAGGGGGCUUUCCCAUCCGGAACGGCUCCUCCACAGGCAACCGCCCCCCCUCAGCGCCAGCCAGCAUGCCUUCCAGCCCCCGCCUCUCCCGCCGGCCCCGUCCCCAAGCAAUGGGGCACGACACCGGCGGCGGGGCGAGGGAUCUGGGCCCAGGCCCAAACCCCAGACAGAGGAUGUACUCGGCGGGGUCCUUGAGUGGCAUGACCAGCAACCACAGCCGCUCGCUACCCCGCCUCAACAAAGCAGCCGAAACCCCACUGACGCUGCUUGUCCUGCCCCCCCACCACACCCGAAAUGGCCACACAGAGGUGGUCUCCAUCUCUCUCUCCUCUAGAGGCUCCGUCUCCUCUCGGGGGUCUGUCUCUGACAUCAACCCUUCGGCCAGCGUCCCCGCCAGCCCUCGCGUGGCCAAGAAGAUGAGCCUGACGUCAACGGGCUGCUACUCGCCCUCUGAGCGGGCUGGCCUGCAGGGGUCUUCUUCCCUCCUGGACCUUUGGCAGGGCGAGAGGAGACCUUCCUUCGGGAAAGCGGGGCUAGACCUGGGCGAGAGGAGACCGUCCAUUGGGAAGGCGGGUUUGGACCUGGGGCUGGGAGACAGGAGACCAUCCUUCGGGAAGGCUGGGCUGGGGCCGAGCACAGGCCAAGGGGCGUUCCGGGAGAGGAGGGGUAGCAUCAGCUCGCUAAGCGGGAAAGAGGAGCUGCAGGACUACCACCAGCGGCAGAGAGACGAGAGGCUGCGCGAGCAAGAGGUGGUGAAGCUGGAGAGGCAGCGUUUGCAGACGAUCCUCAACCUGUGCUCGGAGCUGAAGAAAGACCAGGGAGGCUCGGUCGCAGCCGACCUGCAGAAGAUCAACAAGGAGCUUGAGAAGUUGCAGGUGUCUGACGAUGAGUCGGUCUUCUCCAACACUCCCAGCGCCACGCCUGAGAGCGGCUACAAGCCCCCGGACCGCCAGCGCAGGAGCAGCGGGCAUGCGGAGGGCAGCACCCCCCGUGGCUCAGCCCCCUUCCCACAGUCCCCCGAGAUCCGCACGCAGGGGGUGGUGGAGACUCCAGAUGAUGGGCAGCUAAAGCAGGAGGCAGCCCGUAUUGCAGAGGAGAGAAUCCAAGUGCUGCACAACUUGGAGGAGCUGGAGCAGAAGAUCAAAGACCUGGACAACCAGAUGGAGGAGUCUGUCCAGGAGAUGGAGGUGGAGCACGCUCUGCUGGAGGGGGAGCAGCAGGCAGAGGCCUCCCAGCUGCAGCAGGAGAAAGAGGUGCUGGAACAACUUGGUGAAAAACUGGCGAACCUGGAGAAAACUGUUCAGGUGGAGAAAUCACAGCUCUCUCAGUUCAGCGCCCAACUGGAUGCGGAGAGGGCAAAGGUGGAGAGGCUAGCUGAGGUGGUCUCUGCUCAGAAGAUCCAGCUGGACACCUGCCCCGAGGCCCAGAAGGAGCAGCUCCAGCUCCAAUUCUUCAGGGACACAGAUGCAUUGGAGGUGGGGAAGAAGAGGUUUGAGGACCUGGAGUUCCAGCAGCUGGAGCGUGAGAGCCAUCGCGAUGAGAAUAAAGAGACAGUGAGCCAGCAAUUGCUUAGAGAGAUUGCCGACUACCAGCGCAGCACUGUCACAGGCAAGGAAAGACUCCUGGCCUUAAAGAAACAGUCAAACCAGAUUACCCAGCAGGCCCAGUUGGAGAAGGACACAUUCCUGAAGGAAAAAAACAACCUCUUGAUGAUGCUACAAAGGGGUAACGAGAACUUGGCUGGCCUGGAGAAGAGGUACACUCAGCUGACUGGUGGGAAGGGUUUCCCCCUCAGCCCCCUCAACUUGAAAGAGGAUACACCCACAUUGGUUGACACGUGCACGUCUCAGACAGCGACAGCCCGCCCCCACGUCCUUCUGGCCCCGCCUACUGUCGCCCCGCUUGCCUUCUCCUCUCUCCUGUCCUCUCUUUCUCUGAAGAACGCUGAGGGUUAUGUCACAGUCAGUGAGAUCAAUGAGCUCUAUGGGCAGACCGGGGUUAACCACACCCCCCACGGCCAGGCCACGCCCUCCUCUGACAGCCGCUCCGAUGGGUCUGAGCCCAACCCCAGCCCUGACGAGACCAACCCCCAGCAAGCCAGCGUCCCCCCACAGGAAGUGGCCGAGCUCACUCUCUCCUGUCCUCUGGUGGGCGAUGAGUGCAAUCGCCCACUGUCCUCCUAUCGCCCUCCCUCUCCUCGCUUGGUCCCCAAGACCCCCUCUGUACACUGGCCUGAACACAUGGUGACAUAUGUUGACCCUUCGCCUUUCCCUGAAUCUCCUCCUCCUCUUCCUGUCAAAAAACACCGCCGGCUCAGGCAGCAUUUCCAUGCUAGAGAGGAAGCGAGGAAGAGGGCAGGGAAGGAUGUUCCUGCCCACCUGAGUGACACUCUGCCCCGCAAGAAGACCCAACAGGCCAUCUCCCCACCCUUCAACAGUGCUACCCUUGGCCGCAGUACCAUCUCCAAGGCUCACCUCCCCCUGGUGCAGAGCUCGAGUUGUAGCAGUAUUCUCCCCCGCUCUCUCACCCUCCCAUCUAAAGACAUGGAGCCCUGUCGCAUAUACAAGGGAAAGGCCAAAAAAGGGCACAGUCAGCACCACGUGAGCGAGGAGCGCAGGCAGCGGCUGAACGAGCUGUGCGGGCGAACCGCCUCCCAGUCCAACGUCUACCUGGACUUCCACUGCGGAGACAACGGCCUCACCUACGACACCAUGAGCAUCGACAGCUCCGACAGCAUGGACACCAGCAUCUCCGCCUGCUCCCCCGAUAACAUCUCCAGCACCAGCAUGUCCAACAUGGCCAAGAUUGAGGAGAUGGAACGGCUGCUCAGGGAGGCCCAGCUUGAGAAGGACAAGCUCCUGGAGCACCGGGAGCAUGAGAUGGAGGUGCGCAAACAGGCUCUGGAUGAAGAACGGAGACGCAGGGAGGAUCUGGAGAAGCGUCUGCAGGAGGAAACCAGCAGGAGGCAGAAACUCAUCGAGAGGGAGGUGAAGCUGCGUGAGAAGCAGAGAGCUCAGUCACGGCCUCUCACCCGUUACCUGCCGGUCAGGAAGGACGAUUUUGAUUUGCGUGCUCACAUCGAGUCUGCUGGCCACAGCACGGACACGUGCUACCACGUGUUGCUGACGGAGAAGACCUGCCGUGGCUUCCUGGUCAAGAUGGGCGGCAAGAUCAAGACCUGGAAGAAGCGCUGGUUCGUUUUUGACCGCAACCACCGAACCCUAUCCUAUUACACAGAUAAGCAUGAAGCAAAGCUCAAAGGAGUCAUCUACUUCCAGGCCAUUGAGGAGGUGUAUUACGACCACUUAAAGAAUGCUCAUAAGAGCCCCAACCCGGUGCUGACGUUCAGCGUUAAGACACACAACCGCGUGUACUACAUGGUGGCACCAUCCCCGGAGGCCAUGCGGAUCUGGAUGGAUGUGAUCGUCACCGGGGCUGAGGGCUACACCCAGUUCAUGGUGUAGCCACACCUCCGCAAAACCAAACCCUGCAGACCAGACCAGACCGGGCUGCAAGAACUUCUCAGGGCCAGACUCUGCUCCUGUAAAGAGUACAGUGUCCUCAUAGGGGCUUUCUUCUUGUUUUGUGUUAUCUGAUAUAACCAGGGGGCUCCAAUCUUGUGCCUUAUUCAGUGGAAUAUGCUAGUACCUUAUAUUAUUUUAUUAUUAUGGACACCCAUGGGGGCCUGAGGACUGAGGCGGAGGAAGUGACAGAAGGGUUAAAGAGUGAAGCUGUAACGCGUAGCUUAGUCUUAUGAUCACAGCGCAGAACCUGGAGAAGAGGCCUGCCCACAGCAGCUCUGUGUGGACAGUAGUACUUGUAAAACCCCAGCUAAGACAAAAUGUUCUCGCAAUGUUACUGGAAUGUUUUAAUGAUGUUAUAACAUUGCCACUUCGUGGCAGCAACAUUGUGAGAACGUUUUGUGUUGGCUGGGACUGUAGUAGAGAUGGGACGAGACCGCGCAUGUGGAAGCCUUGCUCCUGUGAUUUUCGCACCUGCCAUCUGCCCCUGAACAGGAAGCAAUUCAGUGCCAGUGAGACUUGCCAAAUCGAUCUCACUCUCAACAGGAAGCAAGGUAUAUGGCCUCAUCGCUUUCCUUUCAUUUCUCUCUAUGGGAACUGAGGUGUGCAUCGUAUCACUCAUGGGCUCGUACAUUCUUGGUUAGCUUUCUGCAGUUGUCUUUAUUUUCUUCAGUGUGGUUCUAUUCAAUUUGAGUGAGCAUGUAUCUUCCUCAGUUUUUCCUCCUAUGUUUUUGUUUCCUCAAGAAGUAUACAAAGGCAUGUGCUUCAUGCACACACAGACAUACACACUCACAUACCUCAUCUUCUCAUUCAGACAUCCUACAGCCAUUUCACAAAUUCAUGUUUUUACUAUGAAAUAACAGUGCAGCGAUAGCAGGGAGAGAGAAUGUGAAAGGGUGAGUGCGAGUCCAUGAGUAGAGGGUGCCGUCUGAGUGAUGAGAGAGUAGAACUCCAUGUGUUGUGAACCUUUCACCACAUGAUCCUGGGGCCAACGGCGGUGAGAAAACAACUACCAUGUCCCACUGCGUGUUUUGCUGAGAACAGCAUAUCACUCAGACUGUGCCACAGGAGGGACUAUGGUCUGUGGACCACAGUUUCCUGGAUCAAUACAUAUAUUAUACAUCAUUACCAAGUACUUCUAAUAUUAACCUGUAAGUAGAGCGUGCCUUAUUUUACUGGGCAGUAGGAGACUGCGGUCAGGGGUCAAGGUACGCACACAAGAGCCUCUGUGAAAGACCAUGGGGUCCUUCCAAAUGCUUAUUUUCCACUUUAUUUUCCUUGCUCCGUAAUCGGAGAUUGAUUGAGGUCCGCCAUCUUUAAGGACAUUCCAACCCGUGAAAUGUUCCUUCUAGGAGCUUGAAGUAGAAGUUAGGAACUCCUAAGCUUGCCUUUUAUCAGGGAAACAUGAGUACAUCCUUUGCAGAAUAUUUUUCUCAGAAAGAAUGACGUAUAAAUUACCGACCUGUGGGUCCACCUCCCCCCAUCUGCCACGCCUGUAACUGACGUGGCUUCGAAUAAGUUUGAAGGAGCAAGUACAUUUAAUUCAGAAUUCAGAAAAAAAUACCACAAAGGAUGCACUUGUGUUUCCUUGGUCAAGAAUCCUUUGGGAGCCUCCUAGCUCCUUGCUCCUAGUGCCUUCAAGGAACAUUGUAAUGUACUUAAAGAUGGCAGGCCCGAUCGAUUUCUGGGUGAGUCGAGGACCGAGUAGACAAGGAAGGAUAAAAUAAGUGAUAAAAUAAAUGAGCCCCAGGUCCCCACUUGCAUUUGAAGACGUUUGGCUGAUUGAGGUCUCUGACUGAAACCUGUGUAUUUGAUUAUUAUUGUUACUGUUAUUUGUAUUAUUGUUGUUCAGAUUUUUCUUCCAGGAAUAUCAGUUCACAGUUUUAUAUUGGAGUCUGUAUUGGUUGGUGGCAAAGGGAAAGACAUGCUCACUAACCAAAAGAGUCAGAAACUGUGGGUGCUAUGGCCCAAUGUAAUAUAGACAAAAUGAGGCCAGGACUCAAUGUAACAGCAGUCACAAGGGCAGCAGUCACAGUGGACGCGUUUUGGCUUAUGCCUUCUUCACCUCUUCAAAACUAGAGUGUCUGUAAUGGUUGGUGACCUGAGCAUGUUUAGCAGGAGACUGGUUAGGCUUAGAGUAUAUCAUUCAGUAUUUAUAGGCCUUUACAUUACAGUACUGUGUGUGCACUGGCUAUGUAACACAAUGUUUGGCUUCUGUUUUAUGCCUUUAAUACUGCCUCACCCCAUUCUCACCACCAGGUGGCGAUAGCUACUAUGGCAGUAUAGGUAACAUAAUUGCAGGUGUGUGCCAUGUAAAUGUAACCACAGAACACUUGUUCAGGAGGUGACUGUCACAGCUCUGUUUCGGCGGGAAACUGUGAUUGGCCUGUGAUAAUGACCAACAGACUGGUGCUGAUUAGCCUCAUUUGAUCCCAAAUAUUUUUGUUAAGGGUUAUGUGGCUCUUUUUUAUGAACCAAACUUAUUUUUAUCAUGCAUGCAUCUCUAUUUCUGCUUCUUGAAAAAAUAAAUCCUACAUUUCUCAUG